AUGAGUACUAAGCUGGAGGCAAUGGAAGAAUUUUUGAAGUCCAAAUAUUUUGAUGAACACAAGGCAGUGAGGGAAAUGGUUGCAAAGAUUGAUGAUCCUCGUAAAGCGAAGGAACAAAGUGAGACAAAUAGAACAAAUCGUUCAAAAUCUGAUGAACCCCAUUGUGCAGGAACAAGAUCAUUCCCUACUAUAAUCCAAACUGUGACUGAAGAAUCUAAUGGAAUUCCACCAUCACGUGCUGAAAUGUAUAUACGCACUCGUACCCGUAAAGAUGGAAGUGUUGUGAAUGAAAAAGUAGCUUCUAUUGUGGAACUUAUGAAGAAAGGAUUAAGUGAAAGUGAUUCACAAGAUCCUAAAAAGGUUUAA